AUGACGCAUCAAAACCACCAAACAAACGGUGCUAGCCUCGAGGAUUGCCACACAAACUUCUUCGCCUUGACGGAGUUGUUUGGCAUAAAAUGGCGUAAGCUGGUGUGGGAGCGGGAGUCGAGCGGCGGCGGCGGUGGUGGCGAGGGAGAGGAGGGCGCGGCGCCGCUGGCCGACCCGGUGAUCAGCAGCUACGCGCGCUGCCUCGCCGGCGACAUCCUGUGCGUGUGGCGCCGCGUGCCCGCGCACCAGCCGCCCGACCUCUACGACAUGCCCGCGCCGCCGCCGCUCUCACUCCGCGCCGCCAAGGAACUAUGGAUCUUCUGGUACGGCGAGGAGCCCGACCUCAACGGCCUCGUCGCACCCGAACUGAUCGCAAGCCAAGGCGAUCAGGGUUCAUGGGAGAGUGGACUCUCGUAUGAAUGCCGUUCCUUGCUCUUCAAAGCUCUCCAUAACCUCAUCGAAAGAUGUCUGCUAUCGCGGGAUUUUGUGAGGCUCGGGAAAUGGUUUGUCCAACCUUACGAUGGCGACGAAGAAGACGUUGGCAAAAGCCCGUGGCACCUGUCGUUCUCGUUCGCGUUCUUCCUGCACGGCGAGAGCACGGUGUGCGCGUCGGUGGACGUGCGCCAGCACCCGCCCGUGCGCACGCUCACCGCCAAGCGCCUGGCGCGUCUCGCCGCCGCAGACCAUCGCGACCGUGCCAAGGUGAUCCUGGCGCCGUUUGGUCUGGAGGGGCGCGUGACGGGGCGCGAGUGGAGCGACGGCGACCCGGCCACGGCGCGUCUGCUCGACGCCUGGCGCCAGCUCUACCCGCUCGAGCACGGCUGCGGCGCCGUCGAGGUGGAGUGUGGUGGAGUGCGCAUGCGCUACCCGCUGCCGUACGCGCUGCUGACGGAGAUGGAGGCGCCGAGCUCGGGCGCGCCCGCCGCCGCCGCCGCCGCGCUCGCGCGCCGCGCGCUGCGCUCGCUCGCCACGCCGCGCCCGCACCAGACACCGGAGCUCUGCUACGGUGACACGUCGGGCGAGAAGUGUGAAGACUUUCUGGAUCCCACCCGGAAAACACCUUGUACCUGCGCAAAGUGGCGGCGGCGGCGCGCCCCCCGCCCGCCGCCCUUCCACCGGCGCGCGCCGCGCCCCGCGCGCCCCCCCGCGCCCGCGCCCGCGCACCCGCCCGCCGCGCGCCCCGAGCAACCCGCCCGCCCCGCGCGCCCCGCACGCCCCGCACGCCCCGCAAGCCGCGCGCCAUCGGCGCUGGGCGGCGCGUGCUCGCCGGGCAGCUGCGGCGCGUCGCCCGCGGCCGGCGCGUCGGCGCCGCCGUCGGCCGGCGCGCCGCCGCCCUCGCCCUCGCCGCACCGCUCGCCGCACCUUGCCGCGCUGCCCGCGCACCAGUCGGGCGGCGCGGUGCCGACUACGCUGCAUACGCCGGCGCCCACGCCCGACCCGCAUGCGCCGGCCACGCCCGCGCCCCCUUCCGCGCCACCGAACAAGCCCUACCCGCAGGGGGACUCGCCCAGCUACGCGGGCAACGGGAACGGGCCGGGCGCAACGACGGGCUCGGAGCUACUGCGGCGGCCCGUGCUGCCGCCCGCCGAGCAGCGCCUCGACCCGCUCGAGGACGAGCACUCGCUGCACAUGCUCUACGACUACACCACCGUGCACGCCUGGCUGGAGCACCCGGUGAAGCGGUUCAAGGCGGAGGCGCGCGGCGGCGAGUGGAGCGAGUGGAGCGAGUGGAGCGAGUGCGGCGAGCGGCGCGAGUGGCGCGAGUGGCGCGCGAGCCGCGAGUGGAGCGGCUGGAGCGAGUGGGGCGAGCGCGUGGCGCGGGGCGCGUGCGCCGCCGACCUGUACGCCGGGCUGCCGCACACGCCGCCGCCCGCGCCGCAGCCCGCGCCGCCGCUACACCUCAAGCACGACCGCAACGACGAUGACGUAAAAGAGUACAAAAACCUUUUUACAUCGGAUGGACUAUGCCCAACGUUGAAAGAUCUAGAUCAAAUAUUCGAUAACUCGGAUGAUGCGGCCAGCGGCGAUGAAACGAUGGCGCUGGCGGCCGGCGCGGGCGCGGGCGAGGCGGCGCGCUGCGAGGAGGCGCGCUGCGGCGGGCGCUGCGUGCGCGCCGAGGAGCUGAGCAAGAUGUUCCCCACGCCGCCCAGCAUGGAGGCGCACGCGCAGCCCUCGCCCGGCUUCUCGCUGCCCGACGACGCCACGCCGCAGCCGCACGUGCACCGCCACCUGCUGCCCGGCUCGCCGCCGCCCGACCCCAUCGAGGACUGGUCGUACGUGUUCAAACCACCGACGGUGUGCAAGUACGUGGGGUCAUCGAAGUAUGCGGCGCUGAGCACGCUGCCCAGCCAGCUGCUGCCGGCUGUCACGCUGCCGCCGCACGCCGUGUACCGGCCGCGCUGGCAGCACGACGCCAAACGCGAACCGGACCCGGACCCGGACCCGGAUCCGAACACGCUCCCGCCCCGCACCGGGACAACAAAUAGUACAAACAACAGCAGUAGUAGGGGUUUAAAGAGGCCCGUGUCGCCAAGCACGGACGCGCGGCCUGCGAGCGUGGCGGGCGCGGGUGUGGGGGUGGGCGCGGGGGCGGGGGCGGGGGCGGGCGCGGGGUCGCCGCGGCCGCAGCGCAGCCCCGCGUCGCCCGGCUCGGUGGCGUCGCCGCAGCCGCCCGCCGCCGCCUGCCCGCUGCUGCUCAACGUGCUGCUCACCGACACCGUGCUCAACGUCUUCCGCGAUCACAACUUCGACAGCUGCACGCUCUGCGUCUGCGACACGGAGGUGGGCAACAUCCGCGGCGCGGACGCGGCGGCGUACCUGGCGCACGGCGAGGCGGCGCCCGAGCACGAGAGCGUGCGCUGCUCGUGCGGCUUCAGCGCCAUCGUCAACCGCCGCCUCGCGCACCGCGCCGGACUCUUCUACGAGGACGAGCUGGAGAUCACGGGGCUGGCGCUAGAGGCGAUGGAGGCUGUGGAGGGUGUGGAGGCGGGUGCGGCGGGUGCGCGGGGCGCGGGCGGCGGGCGCGGCGCGGCGCUGGGCGAGGUGGCGGGCGUGCUGGCGGCGCAGUGCGCGGCGCCGCCCGGCGGGCCCGCCUCCGCGCUGGCCCGCGCCGCCGCGCGCCCGCCGCCCGCGCCGCCCGCCGACCACCUGCGCCUCAACCUGCUCGAGUACAGCGACGGCGGCGCUGCGGCCACGUGUGCGCUGCGCGAGGCGUCCGGCGGCGGCAGCGCGCCGGCCGGCGCCGCCAGCGCCGCCAGCAGCGGCCCCGCGCCCAGCACCGCCACCGUGCACCGGUGGCCCUUCAUCGGAGCCCGCGCGCCGAGGUCCUCAAGGGACGUAGUAAGAUUAAUGCGUCGGCUCCGACCUCUUCUUCAAGACGCCAUUCAGAAGAGGUGUUGCGGGGCGCGCAUGUGGGACGGUGUUACCGGGCCGCUGACGUGGCGGCAGUUCCACCGGCUGGCGGGGCGUGGCAACGAGGACCUGUGCGAGCCGCAGCCCGUGCCGCCACUGCUGGUCGGCCACGACCGCGACUGGAUUUCUUUGUCGCCGUAUGCCCUUCGCCACUGGGAAAGGCUCUCGCUCGAGCCCUACUCGUACGCGCGGGAUGUAGCGUUCGUUGCGCUCGCGGCGGACGGCGAGGCGCUCACCGACCCGUUGCGAACCUUCUUCCGUGAGCUGUCGACCGCGUACGAGGCGUGUCGGCUGGGCAGGCAUCAGCCGAUCACGAGGAUAGCGCGGGACGGGAUCGUGCGGACGCCGCCGGCGGAGCGCUGCGACACGGACGAGUGGGCCGGGGAGCUGCCGCCGGGCCGGCUCGGCGAGUACGUGCGCGCCUACGCGGAUGCUUUGCGCGAGCUGGUGGCGCAGCUGUCGCCGAUGACCAUCGACCGCACGCUGUUCGAGGGGGAGAAGACGACGGGCAUGCGACCGCCCGUGGCGCCCGAGCGGCCGGCUACGCCGGGCGGUGGGGCGGGCGGCGGCGCGGGCGCGGGCGAAACGGGCGACGCGGAGGCGGUGGGCGGGGCGGCGGCGGGCGCGGGCGCGGGCUGCGCGGGCGCGUGCGGCGCGUGGGCGGAGGAGGACGAGGCGGGCCCCGUGGCGCUGGUACUGUACCUGGUGGAGCCACCCGCCGCGCACGCGCACCACGCGCUCGCGCUGCUGGCGCUGCUGCGCCUGGCCGCGCAGGCGCACCACCACUUGCAGCACCACAACCCCUUCAUCAAGAUUAUCUCGUUGGAGGGCGUGCUGGAGUGCGGCGGCACGGAGUUGCGCACGCUGGCCUUCAGCGUGUUCAGCGGCGCGCGGCGCCUGCUGCAGCACCAAGCCAAUGGCAAGUCGCUCACCGGCUUCGGCACCGCUGCCAACGCAAACCUCUUCCUCAAUUCCAAAGACGAGAAGAACCGCGCGGCGUACCGGCUGUUCUCGCCGGCGUGGGUGCUGGCGCCGCCGCGCGCGCUCAAGGAGGUGGCGGAGACGUGGGGGCAGGCGUGCGGCGACCAGUGCUCCGUGCUGUUCGUGGCCUACUGCCUGUCGCACGACCAGCGCUGGCUGCUGGCCGCCGCCACCGACGCGCGCGGCGAGCUGCUCGACACCGCCGCCAUCAACAUACACGUGCCCGCUCGGUCGCGGCGGCGGCGGGCGGGGCGCGCGGGCCCGGCGCGGCGGCUGGGCCUCACCAAGCUGAUGGACUUCACGCUGGGCGUCAUGUCGCAGGCCGCGCAGCCCUGGCGCCUCGUGGUCGGCCGCGUCGGCCGCAUCGGCCACGGCGAACUCAAAGGCUGGAGCUACCUGCUGUCGCGCAAGAACCUGGUGCGCGCGUCGGGCGUGCUGCGCGCCGUGUGCGGCAGCUGCGCCGCGCUGUACCCGGGCGGCGCGCCCUGCGUGCUGUCGGCCUGCCUCGUGUCCACCGAGCCCGACCCCUGCCUGCGCCUCAUGGCCGACCGCUUCACGCCCGACGAGCGCUUCUCGCAGGCCUCCAUCCACUCGCACCUGCACACGCCGCGCGACGUCACCGCCACGCACAUACUCGUCUUCCCCACCUCCGCCACCACGCAGUCGAACCAGAUGCCAUUCGAGCAGCCGAACGCGAACGGCGAGGACAACGACAUCAUGUUCCUGGGCGUGGACAUGGCGGACGAGGACAUGGGCGAGGACAACAUGGCGGAGCUGCUUAUCGGCGACAUGUUCACGCACAUGUGGGCGCAGGGCAGCCCGCGCGCGUCGCCGCGGCGCCACGACGACGACGCGGCCGGCAGCCGCGACGGCAGCCCGGCGCGCCACGCGCACCUGCACCCGGCGCAGGGCUACCACGUCGCCGACGACCACCAGCCGGAGCAGAUCGGCACGAUGCUGCAGCAGCCGCUGGCGCUGGGCUACCUGGUGUCGACGGCGCCGCUGGGCGCCAUGCCGGCGUGGUGGUGGGCGGGCUGCGCGCACCUGCGCGACGCCUGCCCCGCCUUCCUCAAGAACGCGCUGCACCUGCACUCGGGCAGCGCGCAGGCCGCCGACGACUUCACCUCGCUCACGCAGCGCCGCGACCACAACUCGCACCCGCUCGACUCGCAGACCACCACCGACGUGCUCAGGUACGUUCUGGAGGGGUACAACGCACUGUCAUGGUUGGCGCUGGACGGCACCACGAACGACCGGCUGUCCUGUCUGCCGCUGCACGUGCAGGCGCUCAUGCAGCUCUACCACACGGCCGCGGCGCUUGGCUAG